GCAGACCGGGCGAACAGUAUGGCGGUCACGGCUGCAAUGCUGUUUCUGUUGGCUGCUCUGUACUCUGCUCAUUGCUCUCCUGUAUUUUCGUCUGAAGAGGAAUAUGAAUUCAAGUCAUGGAUGUCUCAGUAUAACAGGGUCUACGACCUUGAGGAGUACUACCACAGACUGCAGAUAUUCACGGAGAAUAAGAAGAGGAUCGACUGUCACAAUGCAGGGAAACACACAUUUACAAUGGGUCUGAACCAGUUCUCUGACAUGACCUUUGCUGAAUUCAAGAAGUCUUUCCUUAUGACCGAGCCUCAGAACUGUUCUGCUACAAAGGGGAGUCAUGUGAGUGCCAGCGGGCUGUACCCUGAUUCUGUGGACUGGAGACAGAAGGGAGACUAUGUCACGCCGGUAAAGUACCAGGGUCACUGUGGAAGCUGCUGGACCUUCUCCACCACAGGCUGUUUGGAGUCCGUCACUGCCAUAGCUACAGGGAAACUCAUCCUCCUGUCAGAGCAGCAGCUGGUGGACUGUGCCGAGGCCUUCAAUAACCACGGCUGCCAAGGAGGACUUCCCAGUCAGGCCUUUGAGUACAUAAAGUACAGCAACGGACUUGCAACAGAGGAUGGGUACCCGUACACUGGCCGAGAUGGAACCUGCAAAUUCCAGCCAGACCUGGCUGCUGCAUUCGUGAAGGAUGUCGUCAACAUAACAAUGUAUGAUGAAAUGGGCAUGGUGGAUGCAGUGGCCAGACUCAACCCUGUCAGCUUUGCAUACCAGGUGACAUCUGACUUCAUGCACUACAAGGACGGAGUGUACAGCAGCACCAAGUGCCACAACACUACAGACAAAGUGAACCAUGCAGUCCUUGCCGUGGGGUACGGGGAAGAGAACGGCACCCCCUACUGGAUAGUGAAGAACUCAUGGGGAGCAAAAUGGGGAAAAGAAGGGUACUUCCUCAUCGAGCGAGGGAAGAACAUGUGUGGACUGGCGGCCUGUUCUUCCUAUCCUCUCCCGCCGAUGUGAGCUGAGAGACCCCAGCCGGGACAGUGAAUUUUAAAAGGGAACUCUGGGCAGAGUCUAUAAUUUGAUGUGAUUUGUGAUUUAAAUUUGUGACUUGUGAAGUCAUUCCGUGUGGUAAUGCAGUACCGAGCACGAGCUUCCUUGUUGUGACUGAGUCACGUGUGCUGUCUCUGCAUUGGGGGAAGCCAGUCACCCGUGCUCUCUGGUACAGGACCGGUGGUCCUUCUUUCUCUUGUCAAAGGCCUCUGAUCAUACGUACGUUCAGAGAUCCAUCACUUUUGUUACACUCUCAGGGAGUUUAAGGGUGGUAUCGGUCCAAUGACGUCAUUGAGGCUUGGAGUCAGAAAUGUCACAGAAGUUUAUGGUGGUUUCUGGUCUGCAAGGGGGUAACUGUGUAUAUGUAUGUCAUAAAUCAUAUCAAAUUACAGAUUUUGACUUUACUAGGAAAAAGGGAGAUUGAUCAAUAGGAGUGUUUCUUCGUUGGUUGCAACGUUGCAAAAUUUCCAUUCGCCUGGAAUCAAGGUGUUAACAGCAGGGAUGUUUCGUGUGUAAUACAGGAAAGGGUCUUUCAGAUCUGUGCAACAUGUUGCUCUGAUUUUAACCAACAGACUGCUGCAUCUUAACUUGAGUGCAGUAUAAUUUUAUUGCAUUAAAUCGGAUUGGAAUAUUGUUUGUUUUUGAAAAUAAAAGC